AUGUCCAUCCUUACAAUCUUGUUUCUCUUCCUCGUUUACACACCAGCAGAAUCUCAAAGAAGACACUACAACAUCACCAUAGGCUCUUCCCUCACUCCCAACUCCACAUGGUCUUCCCCCUCCGGUGUCUACGCCUUCGGAUUCAUCCCCCAACACAUCAACAACUAUGCCGUCGGCAUCUUUCUACCCGACAAAACCGUCGUCUGGACAGCAAAUAGGGAUACCAAUCCAACCGUCCCAGACGAUGUCGUCUCCCUGCUACUAUCCCACGAGGGCCGGCUAGUCCUCCGCCGGAGGCAAGGCCAAGACGAAGACGUCAUCAACCCCUCCACAGCCAUCGCUGCGGCCUCAAUGCUCGACAACGGCAACUUUGUUCUCUUCGAUUCCAAUUCAAGAAUCAUCUGGCAGAGCUUCGACCACCCGACCAACACCCUCCUCCCCGGCCAGCGCAUCCGCCCUGUUACAGAGCUCUUCUCCAGCGCCUCUGAGACCGACUACGGGAGAGGGAUUUUCAGGCUAAAGAUGCAGCAGGAUGGAAACCUGGUGCAGUAUCCUAUCAACACGCCCGACACAAGGCCUAAUGCUUACUUUGCAACAGACACAGACAGAGUAGGUAGUAAUGUCUCUCUCAACCUCGACAGCGACGGCCGGCUUUAUCUGCUCAACGGCAGCUUGCCUCUGCGGAACAUAUCCACUGGUGGACUCCCUACAGAAGGAUACAUCAAUUUCAUGAGGCUCGACGUUGGAGGAAUCUUCCGCAUCUACUCUCUCUCUCUCGGUGAUCACCUGACCUUGGCCAGGAGCUGGUCCUCCACGACUGACGAGUGUGAACCCAAAGGUUUCUGCGGAGUUAACGCCUACUGCACUAUAAUGGGUAGUGCACCCACAUGUCAGUGUCUUCCCGGUUUUGUCUCCGUUCAGUCUGGAAACAAUACAGCCCCGUGUUAUAGAAACUUCACGGUCGAGGGCUGUCCCCAAAAUGAUGGUAGAUUGAAAUCUGAAAUGUUAAGAGUCGAUAUCACCGAAUGGGAUGAUACCUGGUAUGGGAGUACGGUAAUGAGUGGAGAAGAAGAGUGCAGCAAAGCAUGCCUGGAUGACUGCAACUGCGAAGCAGCCAUGUAUGUAGGCAGCGAAUGCAGAAAACAGAGGCUUCCGCUGAAAUUCGGCAGAUGGUCAUUGGGGAGCAGAAACGUGGCUUUCGUUCGCAUCACUACCAACACGGUACCAGAUUCGGGAGGCGAUUCCGACCAUAUAAUCAUCAUCAAGAAAGAGCGGCAUACAGACAACCUCAUCAUCGGCGUUGUCCUCAUGUCCGUAGGCGCCUUUGCCUUGUCAAUUUCUCUCAUCUUUGUUCACCGGAAACGAAAGGACUACAUGAAGAUCGGUAAGGAAGACGGAGCUAGCUUUGUGGAGGGCAUUUCGCUGCAAGUGUUUACGUUCGAGCAUUUGUCAGAAGCCACAAACGGCUUCAAGGAAGAGGUGGGGAGAGGAGCAUCUGGCACGGUUUUUAAAGGUGUUAUGCAGAAUGGCCGGAAAACGGUGGCGGUGAAGAGGCUGGAGAAGGAAUUCGCACAAGGAGAGAAAGAGUUUCAAACAGAGCUGAAGACGAUUGGGAAGAUGUAUCACCGGAACCUAGUCCGGCUCCUCGGUUACUGUCUCGAUGGAGCCCAUAAACUGCUGGUGUUUGAGUACAUGAGCAACGGAUCCCUCGCGGACAUACUUUUCAAUCAAGAGAAACGGCCGAGCUGGGAGGAACGGAUGGAGAUCGCUCGUGAUAUAUCGAGAGGGAUACUGUAUCUGCACCAAGAGUGCGAGACGCAGAUCAUUCAUUGCGAUAUAAAGCCUGAGAACAUACUCAUGGACGAGAAUUGGCGCGCUAAGAUAUCAGAUUUUGGGGUGGCGAAGCUACUGAAGCAGGAUCAGACUAAUACUUAUACUGGGAUAAGAGGCACUAAGGGAUAUGUUGCCCCAGAGUGGUACCACAAGCAGGCUAUCACGGUGAAAGCGGAUGUAUAUAGCUUCGGAGUGAUGCUGCUGGAGAUCAUAUGCUGCAGGAAGUGUGUUGAUUCGAGUGGGAGUGAGGAUGAGGCGGUUCUUGAGGAAUGGGUUUACGAAUGUUAUGCAACGAAGAAGAUUGGGAGUCUGGUGAGGGAUGAAAUGGUGGAGGAGAGGAAAGUGGAGAGGAUGGUGAAGAUAGGGAUAUGGUGCGUGCAAUAUGAUCCGUCACUACGUCCAACAAUGAAGAAAGUUCUGCUUAUGUUGGAGGGAACUGUCGAGAUUCCAAUACCUCCUAGACCUACUUCUUUCUUAAGUUCCAUCUAGUUUUACUCCAGUGUGAUCUCAUGUACUCUGUACUAAAAUUUUUAUCAAUAAUAAAUCUUAUAAGAUACUA